CGCUCACCCUCAGGCCUCACCCACCCCCUUCCCCCAACACCCCCUAAGUGAAAUUCAGAAUUGAAAAGCAAAGCUUGCAAGUUAAAAAAUUAGGGUUCUAGGUCCUGCCGCGCCGUCCGUUGUUCUCGGCGCCUCCGCACCGUCCGUUGUUCUCGGCGCCUCCGCGGCCUCCUCCUUCCCCCUGUCUCGAACCCAGCCACUCUCUUGUAGCUCGGUACGUCGUCUGGUUGAGGGUUGGAGCUACUUGCCGUCUGUUUGUUGCCGUCGUCUCCCCGGUCGCCAUCGUCUGUUCGUCGCUCUGCUCUUCGUCGGAGGAAGUGGUGAAGUGGAGAAGAAGGAAUAACAGUGGUCGUCGUCUGGUGGCCGUCUUGCUCGCCGUUGUCUACUCGCUGUCGCGCUCAACUGCUUAAAUCGAAGUUGAACCACGGUUGGACCGGUUGAACCAAUAAACCAGUAAACCAGUGACUAGAACGGUUUGAUGACCGAUCCGAUUCUCAGAACCUUGCACAAACCCUCCACUUUCUCUCUCUCUCUCUCUCUCUCUCUCACACACACACACACACUCACUACCACGGAACCCUAGCCCUCCUCUCUCUCUCUCAGCUCCACGGAACCCUAGCACCCCCAGCCAACAGCAGCAGCAGCCAGCGCCCAGUUCCUAGCGCCGCCGUCGCCGACGAACUCUUCUCCUCAGCCAGCGUCCAGCCCCGGUGUCGCCGAUCCUCUUUUCCUAGAUCCCUUCUCCUCGCGUCGCUAGGACAGAGGCGGCAACGCCAACAGCAGCUCCAAGAAGACCUAGCGACGCGAGUAGAAGGGAUCUAGGAAAAGAGGAUCGGCGACACCGGGGCUGGACGCUGGCUGAGGAGAAGAGUUCGUCGGCGACGGCUGCGCUAGGAACUGGGCGCUGGCUGCUGCUGCUGUUGGCUGGGGGUGCUAGGGUUCCGUGGAGCUGAGAGAGAGAGAGGAGGGCUAGGGUUCCGUGGUAGUGAGUGUGUGAGAGAGAGAGAGAAAGUGGAGGGUUUAUCCUAUAGCAAGAAAGUAGGCUAGGCUUUACCCGCGGGCAAGCUAGCUAGCAGAAAGUGAGUGAAGCUGCUUUGGUCUACUCUGGGUGCACAAUUAUUAUUGUAAAUAAUGAGAUAUCGGUACGCCAUGGUGUGUUCAUCGAACCAGAAUAGGAGCAUGGAAGCGCACUUCCUCCUAAAGAGGCAGGGCUUCGAUGUCUCUUCUUACGGCACAGGUGCGCACGUUAAGCUUCCUGGUCCCUCCCUCAGAGAACCCAACGUCUACGAUUUCGGUACCCCUUACAAGCAAAUGUUCGAUGACCUUCGCAGAAAAGACCCUGAACUCUACAGACGAAAUGGAAUAUUGCCGAUGCUUAAAAGAAACUCAACAGUCAAAAUAGCACCUCAACGAUGGCAAGACAAUGCUGCUGAUGGCUCCUUUGAUGUGGUAUUUACAUUUGAGGAAAAAGUUUUUGAUAUGGUUAUUGAAGAUCUUCACAAUAGAAAUCACAUUCACAUGAAAAGUGUGCUGGUAAUCAACUUGGAGGUGAAAGAUAACCACGAGGAAGCAGCCAUAGGAGCAAGGCUUACUUUAGAUCUAUGUCAAGAGAUUGAAGCUACUGAUUCCUGGGAGGAGACCAUUGAUGACAUUGUUGGUGGUUUUGAAAAACAACACCGGCGGAAGUUGUUGUAUGGCAUCUCCUUCUACUAAUAGAGUAUCCAAAAUGUUGAGCAGUAUUUUCAUUUUUGUAUGGAUUAGUCUUCCAUAACUUAGAGCCACUUAAUGUAAAAUUUGAUGUAGAUUUCAUUUUUAAUGAAAUUUAAUGUAUCCUAUAUGGUUUAGAUGUGUCAUGAUGGUAUUCAUUAGGAGUCAAGUUUCAAGGGGUGGCUAGUCACUUGACUUUGGUCUAAAGAUAACAAUUUCCUGUGAGAAAAGUAUUUGGAAAUGCACUUAUAAUUAGUUCCUAAUUCUUUUUAGCAUACAUGAUUACAAUUAAAUUGCAUGGCUUUAUUUGUA